UUUUGUAGGUUGUUUUCUUUUUGCAACACUAGUUGCUCAGGGGAGUGUCUUGCAUUAUUAAUGCUGAGUGGCUUCGGCAGCUACUGUGGUUUUAAGGUCGUUAGUCACCCGCUGCUGGCACAGGAGAAGCAAGAACACAGAACCAGAGCUGCUCAGGCAACCCUCUUUGUCCUGCCAGGCAGGCAGGUUGGGAAGAGCUGCAAGUGGGGUCGUGGGACCAUGGGGGGUGCAGAGAGCAGCUGGGGCCACAGGGACAUAGCCCCCUCACCACAGCCAUGGAGAUGAGGGCCUCUAGGCAGACAUUUCUUAAUUUAUUCUGCAUCCUCUGGCUGCUGCUGCUGCUGAAGGCCACCUCUUGCUCCCCUCUGCCCAGUGGAGACGACUCACCACCCCCUUUGCUCCUCUCCGGGCUGUACAAAGGACGCACCUGUGUCGGAUGUGUGCUUGUGGUCUCUGUGAUUGAACAGCUUGCACAGUGGCACAACAGUACAGUAAAGGCAGCCGUGGAGAGACUGUGCAACUACAUACCUGAAAAACUGCAAGGUUUCUGUUACGUCCUUGCUGAACUUUAUGGACCUCACAUAACUGAACUCAUAGACAGGGAAAUGAAUGCUGAUGUGGUCUGCUAUUCCUUGAGGCUGUGUAAACAGGAUCCAGGACAACCACUUUGUCAUCUUUACCCUCUUCCCAAGGUGGGGCUGAGUACUGCAAUAUGGAAAGCAAAAAGGAUUUUGAAGACUUCCAAGGAUCUGAAAAGCACCACAAGGUUCUCAAAUCUAUGUGCAUUUCCUCUUCUGGCUAACCUAUGUGAGAAGAUGAAAUAUGUCAUAAGAAAUAAACUACCUUUUGAAGAUUUUGAUGGAGAUAAAUUUAGUACUUUCCCAACAUUGCGGGGCUAUCACUGGCGAGGCAGAGACUGCGAUGACAGAAACACCACUGUGUACCCUGGAAGACGUCCUGAUAAUUGGGAUGUGAAAAGUGACUCUAACUGCAAUGGCAUAUGGGGUGUGGAUCCAAAGGAUGGAAUUCCCUUUGAGGAGAAAUUCUGCAAAGGUGCGGAUUCACGAGGUGUUGUGCUGUUGGGAGACUCAGCUGGCGCGCAUUUCCACAUCCCCCCUGAGUGGAUGACUGUCACGCAGAUGUCAGUGAAAUCAUUUGCUAACCUCCCCAUGGCUUUCACUGACGAACUUGACUGGCCCCAGUUCUCAGAGAUCACUGGGUUCCUGAACUCCACCAUUGGAGGCUGGACAGACUCUCUAUAUCUACGUUUACGCAGGAGAAAUCGCUGUAAUCACAGAGACUUACAGAACAUUUCCCAAAAUGGUGGUUCUUCAAGAAAUCUCCUCAGUUUAAUGAAAAGCUUGGCCAGAAACCAGCUGUUGGACAAUCCAGCCAUAGUUAUCUAUGCUACAAUUGGGAAUGACGUCUGCAACAGGAAUCAUGACACCCUGGCUCACAUGACGACCCCCAAAGAAAUGCUCUCCAAUGUCAUACAAGCUCUGCAUUACCUGGACUCACGGCUUCCAAACGGCAGCCACGUGAUUUUAACAGGCUUGGUGGAUGGACGCUUCCUCUGGGAUAAUCUGCAUGACAGAUACCAUCCUCUAGGGCAGCUGAACAGAGACAUCACCUACAGCCAGCUUUAUUCUUUCCUCAACUGCCUUGAGGUGAGCCCCUGCAAUGGCUGGCUGACUCCCAAUGAGACCCUCAGGAACCUGACCUCAGAGAGAGCCUUACAGCUUUCCAAUGUCCUGAAAGAAAUAGCGAGCUCUGAGAAAUUUGCCAACUUCGAUGUUUUCUACAUGGAUUUCCCACUGAGACAAACAGCUGAGGAGUGGCACAAGAUGGGCGGCGAGCCCUGGCAGCUGGUCGAGCCGGUUGAUGGCUUCCACCCCAGCCAGAUUGCUGGAGCCCUGGGAACAAGCAUUACCUGGCAGAAGGUACUACACGAAUGGCCUCAAGUGCUUGGAAAGGAGAAUCCAUUCAAUGACCAGAUUGAAGCUAUAUUCAAAGAUCAAGGUGGACACUGACUCCUAAAUUGCUAGAGCCACAGUUUACAGGGAUGCUUCCUGGUGCAUUCCAAAAAACAACAUGAUUAGAGACCAAAACAAAAGAAGAUACAGGGCACAAGUUAUCAGAGCCACACUUAUUUUUGUUGUUGUUCAAAAUAGCAGUACAAAGUGACAGUAGUGCUGAUGUUAGCAUAGCAGCAUUCUUUUCAGUGCUGUAUCUUAACUGUAGUGUCACCCACCUGUACAAGUAGACUGAGCUUUUUCUGUGGAGCUACAAAAAUAAAAUAAAAUCAAAGGGUACCUGCCAGCUAGACCACUCAUUGAUUGUAAUGGUUUGCAAAUACAUAAUAAGAUUGUUUCCACAUAUAGCAACCCCCCAGCCAUACCUCAUUGUUUUCCCUGCAGAACGGUAUUUUUGGGCUUUCCAUUUGUACUGUUCAACAGUUAAUCUGAUCCCAAAAGGGGCAGUAGGGAGAACCCAAUCUAAUCUUGUUGCUAUGAGUUGUAUAUAUGUAAUUAUCUCAACUACCAAUAUAUUAUUUAUCUGCUACUUGCUUAUUAAAAUGUGUGAGUAACAAAAAGACACUAGACGUUAGAUUUGCCUGGCAGCAUUAGUUCAGCUUGACUGAGCACAGGUUCCCUCUCCCACCAUUAACAAGCUGAUAACUUGACAACCCUUCAAGUAUUUAACACAGCUUGCUUUUUAAAGCUUUAACACAUCUCUACUCUUUACCUUCAUAACAAGUGCAAUAUACACAGUAAGUCCCAUGCAUUUUGCAAGUAUGACCUAAGGAAUCGCUGAAGGUAAUUGGGCAGCUCUUACCUGCUCCACUUUAUACAUAGUAUUAAAGGUUGAGAAUUAAAAGUAUUUAUUUUACCAGCUCAUCCAAUACUUUUAGCAAAAGGCAAACAAGAACACAACAAAAAGAAAAAAAAAAAACACCACAGAAUACCCAAGCAAAAUUGGAUACAGCUCUACUAGCAGCCCUACUGGUGAUAAAGGGAUCAGACAGCAUAAAAUAGCACUAAUUACACAUGAAAAAGUAUGGUAAAUAGAAGGUGUUAACACAGCAUGACUAAAGCCAUCAAGAUUAGCCAGGGCUGUUAUACUUUGUCUAUUUUUUGAUCUGAAUGUGUCUGUGUAUAUGGCUGCAUCAGCUGUGACCCAGCUCCGAGGCUGCAGGACAGAGAGACUGCCUGGCUGUGUACGGGCCCAAUCACACCAGCCACAUCUGUAGGAGCUGCAUCUGCUCUGUAGUAUGAAGAGGCAGAGGAGUACUUGCAAAUACUGUCUUGAUUGAAGAAAAUCCUAGAUACCCUAUUUUUUGUAUUUUUUUUUUUUUUAAGAGCAGUCAAUGCAGCAUCUUUUAUUAAGAUUAAAUUCUUGUGGGACAACUGCUAACGUUUGGGGAAAUACUCGUCGUCUUCUUUAUGAAACCAAGAGGGAAUGCAUUCUUUAAUUGAAUGAUACUUACUACCAUAUGUCCCACUUCAUUCAAGGCAUUCAGAUGUUACCAAAAUAGCCACUGUCUCCCAAGAAACAGUUUCAACUCGGUCAUCCUCAGACAUGCCUCUGCUAUUGGUCGCACACAGGAACAGGUUCCCCAGGGAAACAGUCACUGCACCAAGCCUGUCAGAAUUUAAGAAGCGUUUGGACUAUGCACUUAGUCCCAUGGUCUAAAAUUUUGGGUAGACCCGUGUGGUGCCACGAGUUGGACUCAAUGAUCCUUACGGGUCCCUUCCAACUCGAGAUAUUUUAUUAGUGCUAGAAGAGGAAACAUACCUGCUUGCUGUACAAAAAUCUCUGCCAAAUAGCACAGUGUACAAUAUAUGCUUUUCAGGUCAAGUUUGUUACUGUCUUUAAAAACAAAACCAGGACAAAAAGCAAGCCCAUCCAUAUUGUUCUACAAUAGACCACGUAUGGCAAGGACAAUACCUCCAGACUCAUAUUGGAUAAUUUCCUUUAUACCAAAACACAGAAAUGCAGCAAAGGAAGGAAGAGAACACUGUUUAGAAGCCAAAUUUUCAAGCAGUUACUGCAUCCCAAUUGAGUUUAGGCUUUGAUAAUGCCAAUUAAGAGUUUUAAAAGCUACUAAGACUCAAAUUUCCCCAGUUAAAAUAAGCCUCGUUGCCCAGAGCAAAGCAUAUUCAUUUGUAGAAUUUCUUAUUAGUAAGCAUCUUGAAAUUGUGUACAAGGGAAAAAAGGAAGACUAAGAGGAUGUUCUAAAUUUAUAAAAAGGUGAGAGAGACCUGAAAUCCCCAAAGCUCUUAGACUUGCCCUAGCAGUGUAAUUACUCCAUGCUUGAUAUGGUCUUGGAGGGACUUCACAAAAUGGGCUUGCCACUGGCUGCAGGAAUACUAAUCAAACCAUGUGUCACGCCUCAGCAGCAAACUGCAAUUCAGCAUUAAAAUCAGGCAGUAUACAGAAACUUAAAUUUGUAACUAAUGCAGUAACUAUUUGCCAGUAAAGAUGAACUUUGGGUGUAUUAUGCCAGCACCAUUUACAAGUACUACAUCUCUCAGUUGUUUUCAAAAAUACAAAAAAUAGUGGAAGAUCUGCAUGCCCAAAUGCUAUUUGAGCAGCACUGGUAACUUAAAUGCCCGAUUUUAAACAGCUGGUUCUGACAAAGCUUAAUCUAAAGCAGUAGUGAGCUAUGUAUUCUAGUCUAUUUCCCUAAUUUAACUGUCUCCUGAUGCUUAGGAUGAAGAUGACAAAUGCCUGAGUAAAAGAAAAAAAAUUGUUCUUGGAAAGCUAGGUAUAGCACCAUGAAAUCAAGCUUUAUUAAUAGUACAGAUUUUUAAGGAAUGUCUUAUCAUGGGCAUUCCCCCACACAGUUGGACCAUGUAGAUACUGGGGGAUUUCAUCACUGCCUUACAGCACACCGUUUCAAUGCACUAAACACAGGAGGCUUGUUUUUCUGCUCAACUAUUUUAUAACAACUUAAUGCUUUGCAAUCUGAGAGUAUCAGAGAAACUAUUUUGGGGGGUAUAGAGCUACAUCUGCCUGAAGCUAUUUAAAUUCACUUGGCCUGGCCUAUUCCAAAAGGAUCAACUACAAAUAUGAGAAAAAUCUAACCUAUACAGCUGAAAGCUCUCACCUCUUAGUGACAUUUCUAUCCAAAACUUUUCAAACCCAGUAGCUUUCCACUUCAG